UGUGUAAAACCCUAGAAUCCGUUUGGUGUUCGCCGGUCGAAUUUUGUUUGAAAUUAAACUCUGUUUCUCGUCGCUCGGAAGAAAAGUCGGACCUUUGAAUCGGAAAGGAAAUGGCGGCGAAUGGGCUAAUGGCGUCGUACAAUGUGUUUCUUCAUCGCUCUGGGAAUCUCUCUCUCUCGUACUCUUCUGGAACAAGUCAAAUGGCUCUACUCGGCGGUAAAGGGAAGCGCUGUUUUCCGGUGGUUCUGUCAAUGGCGACUUCAGAGGAAGCCGGAAAGUCCGUUGCGCCUGGUGACGGCAUAUCCAUCAUGGUGAAUGGAUGCAGUGGCAAAAUGGGGAAAGCAGUCAUCAAAGCGGCAGAUUCCGCAGGAGUGAAUAUCGUUCCUACAUCGUUUGGAUCUGCUGAAGAGGCUGGCCAGAGAGUUGAGGUCUGUGGGAAGGAGAUUCUUGUGCAUGGUCCUAGUGAAAGAGAAGAGGUUCUGUCUUCUGUGUUUCACAAGUAUCCGGAACUCAUUGUUGUUGACUACACAAUUCCCUCUGCAGUAAAUGAUAAUGCAGAGCUAUAUGGCAAAGUAGGAGUUCCCUUUGUCAUGGGAACAACUGGAGGAGACAGGACAAGGUUGUAUAAAACUGUCGAGGAAUCGAAGAUUUAUGCUGUGAUUUCCCCACAAAUGGGUAAACAGGUUGUUGCGUUUCUUGCAGCCAUGGAGAUCAUGUCUGAGCAGUUUCCUGGUGCCUUUGCUGGUUAUUCCUUGGAGGUGAUGGAGUCUCAUCAAUCAAGCAAACUUGACGCUUCUGGUACAGCAAAAGCUGUUAUUUCUUGCUUCCAGAAGUUGGGCGUUUCUUAUGACAUGGAUCAGAUACAAUUGAUUAGAGAUCCUAAGGAGCAGAUCGAGAUUGUGGGUGUUCCGGAGGAGCAUAUCUCGGGCCAUGCUUUCCAUCUUUAUCACUUGACAUCACCAGAUAAAACUGUGUCCUUUGAGUUCCAGCACAAUGUUUGCGGAAGAUCAAUAUACGCUGAGGGUACUGUCGAUGCCGUGCUUUUCCUUGCCAAAAAGAUCCGAUCUAAAGCAGAGAAGCGGAUCUAUAACAUGAUCGACGUCUUGAGAGAGGGAAACAUGCGAUGAAUAACAAGACUUUGUAUGGUAUCGUUAAAGCAGCUCAAUACUAUGUACUUGCAUCACCAGAAAGAAUCGGAAAGCUUCUUAGGGUGUGAUGAUUCUAAUAUCUAGCUAGGUUUGUAGCUUCUCUGACAUAUUUUUGUUUUUUUCGACAGUCGUCACAUGAUAGCUCAUGAAAACGAAUCUUGUUCUUGUAAGUGCUCAUAAUCUCCAUUUACAUUUGCUAGAGGUUUGUUUCCGUUAUAACUGAUACUGAUUACAUCAUCAUCAUCAUUAGAUACACCAAACUUGCGUGGCUGUGGAGUAAUGGAACGGGAAAACAAAAGUCAACGAAACGAGUCUUAAGUUGUUGUAGUUUAGCUUUCUUCUUUGAUGUAUAUAGUUGUUGACUUCCCUAUGAUAUAUCUCUAUUGUGGAGUUUCAGUAGAUUCCAUUUUUAUUUAAAAUGGUUUUAUAAUUAGAAGCCAGUU